CGAGAGAAAUGCUGGCAGCAAAAAUCCUUCUUCCUGGUCCUUCCAUCUCUCAAACCCUAACAUUCCCAAGCCCUAGCAUCAAACCCUCAAGUUUCAAAUCUUCAUGUCUCAAAUCAUCCUCUCAAUCGGUCCUGACCGAGACCCUCUCAAUAACCCCUUCGAAAACCCGGGUCAAGAUCCUUUCUGAAGCGCUGCCGUUCAUCCAGAAGUUCCGUGGGAAGACCGUGGUGGUCAAGUAUGGCGGAGCCGCAAUGAAAUCUGAAGCUCUUCAGUCGUCCGUUAUCACCGAUCUUGUUCUCCUCUCCUGCAUCGGUCUACGUAUCGUGUUUGUUCAUGGCGGCGGUCCUGAAAUCAAUCAAUGGCUCAAUCGAUUGGGGAUCAAGCCCAGUUUUCUAAAUGGUCUUCGUGUAACGGACGCUUCCACUAUGGAGAUUGUGUCCAUGGUUUUGGUUGGUAAGGUUAAUAAACAUUUGGUUGGGUUGAUCAACAAAGCUGGUGCAACGGCAGUUGGAUUAUGUGGAACAGAUGGCCGGAUUUUUACUGCUAGUCCUUCACCGAAUUCGGAUCAGUUAGGGUUCGUAGGCGAGAUCUCCAGCGUCGAUACCUCGGUCUUACGGCCGUUGAUCAACGACAAUCUGAUUCCGGUGAUUGCUUCCGUGGCUGCUGAUGGCACCGGACAGUCUUAUAACAUAAACGCCGAUACGGCUGCUGGAGAGCUGGCAGCGGCAUUGGGGGCGGAGAAGUUGCUUUUGUUGACGGAUGUUGCUGGGAUUCUUGAGGAUAAGGAUGAUCCUGAGAGUUUAGUGAAGGAAAUUGAUGUGAAAGGAGUAAAGAAGAUGAUGGAAGAUGGGAAGAUUGCAGGUGGGAUGAUCCCGAAGGUGAAUUGUUGUGUGCGAUCUCUUACUCAAGGGGUUAAAACGGCGAGCAUUAUUGAUGGGCGAUUGGAACACUCUUUGCUGCUGGAGGUUCUCACAGAUGAAGGGGCUGGAACCAUGAUCACUGGGUAAAUAUUUAGUUUUUUCUGCAUAUUUCUUCCUGCUGUUGAUGUUUACCAUAGUUCUUUCUUGUUUGAAGUUAGAAAAAUUUGGUAGAUUUCUGUUAUAAAUUAUGCUUAGUUUUAAGUUAUUUCCAGAAUCUUGUUUUUCUGAGCUCAGUAGAGAAAGAGGGAUCCUGUUCAAAAGAACUAGAGAAAGAGGGUAACUAAGGGGCUGUUUGGUUGUUUUUUCAUUAAACCAUGUAUGGAUUAAGCUUGGUGUAUCGAUUAACUUAUCUGUUUGGGUUAAGCUAAA